CCAAUUCCCAGCGGGCUUCGGGGCGGGAACCCGGAAGGGGAGGCUGGAGAGGAGCGAGUGGGGGAAACCCGCGUAGCCGAGGGAGCUGCGGCGCGGGGAGAUGGUGGCCUGUGGAGCCCCCCACCACCCUCCAGGUCCUGAGAUGUGGUGAACCCCUGCCUGUCUGCCACCACUGCCCAGAAUGGACCGCAGCAGCCUCCUGCCCUUCCAGCUCUGGUGCCCCCGGCCCUUUGGCACCUACUCCCAGAACCAGCCGCGCCCACCGUCCACAGCCCUCAAGCCGCCAGCUUGCCCUGAGCCGGGCAGUGGGGCAGAGCCAGAGCACGGGCCUGCCCUCUCAGAGAACACGCCGCCCGCCCUGGCCACCGAGGCCCCCGCCUCCCAGCCCACCCCGCUCCUCUCGGCAGCAGCUGCUGGCGACGAGGGUCGAGUCCUGCUGGACACGUGGUAUGUUAUCAAGCCUGGGAACACGAAGGAGAAGGUGGCCUUCUUUGUGGCCCACCAGUGUGGUGGGGGCAGCCGGGCCAGCUCCAUGAAGGUCAAGGGGCACUGGGGCAGUGACAGCUCCAAGGCCAAGAGAAGGAGGCGCUGUCUGGAGCCCACUAAGGCUCCGCCGGACCCCGGGGGCCGGGAGGGGCCCCCUGCUGCUGAGGGGACCCCAGCCUCAGCCGGUGAGGACGUGGACCUGCUCUCUGUGGCUGAGAUGGUGGCCCUGGUGGAACAGCGGGCCGCCCUGGCCCUGCAGAGCUACCCGCGCCCCGGCGCCCCAGCUCCUGUGGUCUUUGUGUCAGCUGAGCAGGGCGGGCCUGCCAAGGGGCUGGGGUCCGAACGGCGGUCUGGUGGCGGGGACUGCAGCCGGGUAGCCGAGGCGGUGGCCCACUUUGAGGCCCAGCGGGACAACCCUCCGGCCAAGGGCCUCCGCAAGGAGGAGCGGCCUGGACCAGGCCCCGGGGAGGUGCGCAUCGCCUUCCGGAUCUCCAACGGCCGAGAGCCCCGCGCACCCGAUGGCAGCUUGGCCAACGGGAACGGGGGCCGGCCCGGAUGUGCCUACCCUGGCAGCCCAGGGCCUGGGGCCCGAGCCAAGGACAAGAUCACCUGUGACCUGUACCAGCUCAUCAGUCCCUCUCGGGACGCCCUCCCCAGCAACGUGGAGUUCCUUCUGGCUCGGGCAGAUGAAGCCAGCGAGGCUGAGACCCCGGCCCCCGCCAGGCCCGAGGACACUCCCCCGGCCCCCCCUCCCCCCCCUGCCCGGGACUGCGGAGCGUCAGGCUUCCACGUGGAUGUGGUGGUGACCGGCGUGGUGGACGAGUGCAUCUUCUUUGGCAAGGAUGGCACCAAGAACGUGAAGGAGGAGACGGUGUGCCUGACAGUCAGCCCUGAGGAGCCGCCCCCGCCGGGCCAGCUCUUUUUCCUCCAGUCCCGUGGGCCCGACGGGCCCCCCGAGCCACCCCCGGCGGACUCACCAGCCGCCGCGCCAGGCCCAGACGAUGCCGAGGGCACAGCGGACACCUCCCUGUGCCGCCUGUACCGGCACGUGUCGCACGACUUCCUGGAGAUCCGCUUCAAGAUCCAGAGGCUGCUCGAGCCACGGCAGUACAUGCUGCUGCUGCCCGAGCACGUGCUGGUCAAGAUCUUCAGCUUCCUGCCUACUCGGGCCCUGGCGGCCCUCAAGUGCACCUGCCACCACUUCAAGGGCAUCAUCGAGGCGUUUGGUGUGCGGGCCACAGACUCGCGCUGGAGCCGCGACCCCCUCUACCGCGAUGACCCUUGCAAGCAGUGCCGCAAGAGAUACGAGAAGGGCGACGUGUCGCUCUGCCGCUGGCACCCCAAGCCCUACCACCACGACCUGCCUUACGGACGUUCCUACUGGAUGUGCUGCCGCCGAGCCGAUCGCGAGACGCCUGGCUGCCGCCUGGGUCUGCACGAUAACAACUGGGUGCUGCCCUGUAACGGGCCGGGCAGCGGGGGCGGCCGGGCUGGCCGGGAGGAGGGGAGGUGAAGCCGGGGGAGGGGGGGGGAGAGCCCACCAUGCCCACCCCCACCCCCUCCCCCUGGGAGCUGAGGGCCAGGACUGAGUCAGCAGCCUCUACCCCCCCAUCCAGGCAGCACCUAUCCCCCUCCAGAACUGAUACGGGGUUCUGGGGGGGUGACCCAAGACAGCACUGGGACUGACUGACCCCCAGUGGUUUUCUACUCUUCAGACCCAGGGCCGUGGACCCUCAAGUAGGGUGUGUUUUUUUUUUCAUCAGCAUCUCAAUUUCUUCUCCAUUCAGCCCCAACACCCUCCCUGCCGCUCUCUACACCCCAGGGACCCACCAGCAGGGAGCAGACUGGCAGCUAAUUUUGGUCCUCCUUAAGGGUUCCCCCAUUCUGGCCCCCUUCCGCUCCCUCCUCCGAUUCCUUGUCUCUGGAGCUGCGUUCUCCCAAGAGUCUGGCAGCUGCCAAGGUGGGCGCAUCUCGUAACCUCUUACACCAAGGCUCACCUCCUCUUUAGGAAUUGGGGGCCAUCAGAUAACAGAUGCAAUUUGGCACGUUUCACGGCAGCCUGUCAUUUCUAGAUGUUUUCCCCAUUAAAAUCGUAAAAAUCA